GGAGCUUUUGUUCAUCAUCAUCAAUGGGUGUGUGGGAAGCUUUUCUCAAUUGGCUUCGUAGCCUCUUCUUUAAGCAAGAAAUGGAGCUUUCUUUGAUAGGACUCCAAAAUGCAGGAAAGACAUCACUUGUAAAUGUUGUUGCCACUGGUGGAUACAGUGAAGACAUGAUUCCCACGGUUGGGUUUAACAUGAGGAAAGUAACAAAAGGAAAUGUUACAAUCAAACUAUGGGAUCUUGGUGGUCAACCAAGAUUCCGCAGCAUGUGGGAACGUUACUGUCGCGCUGUUUCUGCCAUUGUGUAUGUAGUUGAUGCUGCAGAUCCUGACAACCUCAGUGUCUCGAAAAGUGAACUCCAUGAUCUGUUGAGCAAGACUUCGCUUAAUGGUAUCCCUCUUCUGGUUCUUGGGAACAAGAUUGACAAACUUGGAGCUCUGUCCAAAGAAGCCUUAACAGACGAAAUGGGGCUUACAUCUCUUACAGAUAGAGAAGUCUGUUGUUUCAUGAUAUCAUGCAAGAACUCUACCAACAUUGAUCAAGUCAUUGAUUGGCUCCCUCUUCUUCAAGCAAAAGAAAUGGAGGUUUCUUUAGUAGGACUUCAAAAUGCAGGAAAGACAUCACUUGUAAAUGUUGUUGCAACUGGUGAAUACAGUGAAGACAUGAUUCCUACGGUCGGGUUUAACAUGAGGAAAGUGACAAAAGAAAAUGUUGCAAUCAGACUAUGGGAUCUUGGUGGUCAACCAAGAUUCCGCUUCAUGUGGGAACGUUACUGUCGCGCUGUUUCUGUGAUUGUGUACGUAGUUGAUGCUGCAGAUCCUGACAACUUAAGUGUCUCGAGAAGUGAACUCCAUGAUUUGUUGAGCAAGACUUCGCUUAACGGUAUCCCUCUUAUGGUUCUUGGGAACAAGAUUGACAAACCUGGAGCUCUGUCCAAAGAAGCCUUGACAGAAGAAAUGGGGCUUAGUUCGCUUACAGAUAGAGAAGUCUGCUGUUUCAUGAUAUCCUGCAAGAACCCUACCACAAUUGAUCAGGUCAUUGAUUGGCUCGUAAACCACUCAAAAUCAAAGAACUAAACUUCACCAACAACAUAUAUUCUCUCUUCUCAAGUCUUCCGUUGUUUUCUGGUUGAUGCUGAUGAUGAUUGUAUUGUGGAAGACAACUUUCGUGUGAAACAAGAGUUUGUCUUUGUUCUGCAGCUGUCUCUGCUGGUGGUCUGGUUUGGUCUUGUCUUUUGUGUAUUACAUGUGGGUUGGUUUCUUUUCUUAAGGCUUUGCAAAUUUAGAAACAAAAACAUAAGUGGCUC